AUGCCCUCCAACGGCUCGUAUCAGAACCCAAAUCACCCUCAUAUAGGACCUUGGACAGGCCCAAUCCAUCGGCCGUGGCUGUACCUCAAGAGGGCCGGCGUUGCCGCGUCGUAUCCUUUACGUGGCAUCUGGUUCUUCAUUCAAAACCGCGAGUUCUGGCCACUCCUGGUUGGAAGGAUCCUGCCAAUAUCUCUGAUAUCUUUCUUGGUGUACCUUUUACUCUUUACGUUUGCCUUCUUGCCCCAGUAUGCUUUCUUAGCGAUCUUCCAUGGCUGGGGCGCGUGGGUCAAUGCCGUGGUAUUGGUACUAGGCGAAGGAUUGGUCAUCAUCCAGGGUCUGUUCGAGGGCUUCUUCGUUGACGAAUGCCGAGUGGAUGUAUUUGAUGCGGCUCUCAUCAAGCUUGGACAUAAAGACCUUGUUGCACCACAGCGAAUCCUCUUCUUGGACGCACCUAACCCCGUCAGGAUGCUCGGAAAGCCCACUACUGCUGCCAUCUACACGCCAUGGAGCAUCAUCCAGAUUGUUGAGCUCAUUGUCUUCCUGCCGCUCAACCUCGUUCCAGUCGUUGGCACGCCUGCGUUUAUCAUCAUCACUGGAACUCGACUCGGCAAGCUUGCUCAUUAUCGCUGGUUCCAAAUCAAAGGUUUCUCAAAGGCUGAGCAGAAGAAGGCAUUGAGGGAUCGCGCGUGGGAGUAUGUUUGGUUCGGCACAGUCGCCAUGAUUCUUGAACUCAUCCCUGUCUUGUCGCUCUUCUUUCUCCUGACAACUACAGCUGGUGCAGCUCAGUGGACGGCUCGCAUCGAGGAGGAGAGUAGGGACCCUGCUGAGAAUACUGCUGCGAAUGGUCGGGCAUACCAAGACGAUGCCCAUGAGGAUCCUCACCCCGAUGCACCUCCCCCUUACACUGAUUAUUCGGAUGAUGUUGUAUGA